CUCUCUUUGUCAGGUGGCGCUCCGAGCGUCACGAGCCGAUACGACGCCUGUCGUCUGCUAGUGUGUGAAAAGUGGGAGAAACAGGGGAAAAUCUACCAAAAUUGUGACAACUAUCAGGAUAUAUAUAUAUAAGAAAUCAGCAAAGGUUGUAGAGGGCGUAGCGUGUGUUGAGACGUCGCAGUUCAUCUAUUGACGACUAGGCGACACUUAUCACGUGACAUGUCGAGCUCUGACCUCGUGACGCUAGGCGGCCCGGUAGUCCGUGACCAGGGUAUUGGGCGCCAAUUCAGCGAUGAAAGCUACAAUGAUAGCCAUCGUACAGACAGUACGUUUAUUGGUCUACGCCUGCCCAGUCGCCCACAUCGACCGGGAAAGCACCACCACAAACACCGCGGGAAGACCAGCGCCUCUUACACAGUGAACCAUGUAGACCCAGUAGCUCCCACCGCUGUUGAGAACUUUCUCGCCUCGAUGUCGCCGAGCGAGAAGAUCCAGCAUCUCAUUGGCGAGAAUGACGAGGAAACUCACAACAUUUUCUGUCAGCUGGACACACUACAGCGAAUAGGUGUUGAGUAUCAAUGGAGAGAGGCUGCAAGAUGGGUGAAAUAUGAAGAGGAUGUGGAGGAGGGAGGAUCAAGGUGGUCCAAACCUCAUGUAGCCUCACUAUCUCUUCAUUCCCUAUUUGAGCUGAGGUCCUCUCUCCUACAAGGCGCCGUGAUGCUAUCUAUGGAUGCCUACCAUAUUGGUCAAAUUGCAGACAUGAUCCUAGACUCGCUGAUUAACAACAAACAGUUAGAAGAACGUCUCCGGGACCCGAUCCGGACGGCCAUGGUGUCCUUCCAUUGGAAUCAACACCAGAAGAGAAGACGCAGCGUGAUGCCAGGGGACGAUGAUCCAUCAAAGGGCUUCAAAAGACGUUCAGUCAAGAGAACCUUCUCAGAAAUUGGUCGUUCGUUCUCCGUCAAGGGUAGAGAAAACAGUUCUGGUCAUCUAUCACAUCGGUCAGCUGCAAACCUCCGUAGCAACCCAAACAGCAUUCCGAACAUGGAGAAUAUGGGAGAUCUACCCGACUCCGCCUCUUCUACAAAGUUAAAUGUGGACUUCAUGAGGAAGAUCCCAGAGGGAGCAGAGGCUGCCAACAUCAUGAUCGGAGAGAUGGACUGCCUUAAAUACCAAGUGACGGCGUUUGUUCGCCUAACGGAGGGUCGUCAUGUCGGGGACAUGACCGAGGUACCAAUCCCCACCCGAUUCAUCUUCAUAUUGCUCGGUCCAACAGGAAGCUACUCCAAAAACUUUGAGAUGGGUCGAUCCAUAUCUACAAUCCUCGUCGACGAGGUAUUCCGGGAAGUGGCGUACAAAGCAAGAAACCGACAGGAUCUUCUGUCCGGAAUUGACGAGUUCCUGGAUCAGGUGACGGUGCUGCCACCUGGCGAAUGGGAUCCAAAGAUCCGUAUUGAACCACCUGACAGUGUGCCAUCACAGGAAGGAAGGAAGGUAGCUAAAGUAUCAACAGCAGUGUCUGUCCCGACUGAGAAUGGGGCUCCUGUGGCUCCCAGAGGAGCCCCUCAGGAGGAGGAAGAGGAGGAGUCUCACUGUGACCCUACCCUCCAGCGAACCGGCAGAUUAUUCGGAGGGCUGAUCGCGGAUGUAAAGCGGAAGGUGCCAUAUUACUGGAGCGACUUUAAGGAUUGUAUGCAUAUACAGUGUGUGGCCUCUAUCGUCUAUCUUUUCCUCGCUACACUUACUCCCAAUGUCACAUUCGGUGGUCUCCUCGGACAGGCUACAGAACAGUACAUGGGUACGAUGGAAUGUAUCUUGACGGCGUCCCUGUGUGGAAUCCUGUUUGCCUUAUUCGCGGGACAGCCUUUAAAUAUUCUGGGUAGUACCGGACCUAUGUUGGUGCUUGAAAUGAUUCUCUUCAACGUUUGUAAGGAUCAGGACCUGGUGUACAUGCCUUUCCGAUGUUGGGUAGGUAUAUGGACAGCAUUAUACUGUAUGCUCAUCGUGGCCUUUGACCUUAGCUCUCUUGUCAGAUAUAUAACGAGAUUUACGGAGGAAAGCUUCGCCUGCCUCAUCGCUCUCAUCUUCAUUUACGAGGCUUUUAAGAAGGAGAUUGGCAUCAUCAAGAAGUAUCCUCUCAAUCCCCAUCACUACAGCGACGUAUGCGACUGCGUGAAUCCAUUCUUCAACGAGACGCUCUUGAACGGAACCGACUUUAACGCUACCUAUAGUGGAUAUAACAUGUACACACCAGGGGCAGCUAACUCCACAAACAUGACAAUGGAUUGGGGCUCAUUUAAUAAAACAACAUGUGCAAUGUACAACGGAACUUUGGUCGGAGAGGGUUGCGAGGAACAUGCUGAGUUCAAGCCCAAUGUUUUCUUCCUUUCUGUUCUCCUUUUCCUCGGAACAUACGUCAUCGCAUCCACCCUUACUGGCAUGAAGACCGGUCAGUUCUUCCCUUCGGCUGUUCGUCAACUUUUAAGUGACUUUGCCGUGCUGCUGUCAAUCAUUAUCAUGGUAGCUAUAGAUAUGUUGAUCGGCGUACCAACACCUAAACUUGAAGUACCUGCUGAAUUUACGACCAGCAGACCUGGCCGAGGCUGGCUUGUCACCCCUUUCCAUCCCGACAACCCGUGGUGGUUGGCCUUGGCUGCUGCCGUUCCCGCUGCCUUGGCGGUAAUCCUCGUGUUUAUGGACCAACAGAUCACCGCUGUCAUUGUAAACAGGAAGGAAAAUAAACUCAAGAAAGGCAGUGGGUACCACUUGGAUAUGAUGGUAGUUGCUGUCUGUAUUCUGGCGUGCUCCUUCCUUGGCCUUCCUUGGUAUGUUGCCGCCACUGUAUCAGCCCUUGCUCAUGUUAUGAGUCUGAAAAAGGAGUCGGAGUGUACUGCUCCCGGAGAAAAACCUGCCUUCCUCGGCGUUCGGGAACAACGAGUGACUGCAUUGAUGGUAGGAAUCCUCAGCGGUCUAGCUGUAUUCUUGACCAAAGUCCUUGGUGUAAUUCCAAUGCCUGUACUUUAUGGAGUCUUCUUGUACAUGGGAGUGGCCGCUCUCAGAGGAAUGCAGUUGGUAGACAGACUUGCGAUCAUGUUCAUGCCUUCCAAGUACCAGCCUGACCGACUGUAUCUUCGCCACGUGCGGAUCAAGCGUGUCCAUCUGUUUACCUUCAUACAAGUCGUCUGUUUGGCCAUUUUAUGGGUUAUCAAACAGGUCAAAUCCAUAUCGAUCGUCUUCCCCAUCAUGGUUGCCGGUACAUGUUUUGUCAGGCUGGCUAUGGGAAAGGUGUUCUCACAACACGAACUAAAAUGGUUAGACGAUAUCAUGCCUGAAGACAAAGCUCGUGCAAAGGAGGACAAGAAUGCGGAGACUGAAGGUUUACUGGAGGACGAAUAUGAAAAGCCGAAAGGAAAUUUCGAUGAACGUGUUAAUAUAUCUGAGGAAAUGAGCAAAACGUCAAUCUGGUUACAAGUACGACGGGAUUCGUGUCGUCAUGACAGCGAGGACCUAGGGAUGCGAGUGAACAAAAGAAAGAAGGAUAGAAAAAAUCAAGAAUUAAGUGGAAAAGAAGAAAAAGCAGCAUUUUACUUCGGAGAUGAAGAAGAAAACAAACUUAAAGAUCUUCCGGAGUAAAUUCGGCUAAAGCCUUUGGUCAAUGUCGUCACAGUGCUUCAGUUUAUGAUGAAUUUUGUAUGCAUGAUACAUAUCUCUACUUACAAUUCAAAGUUCAGUUUUGCCAAACAAAUUGAUAUCGUAGAUGUGUUGUUAUAUAACCAACGACGAAUGUAGGUUUGGAACGAACUGGCAAGUGCUCUAUCGUACACAAGGCACUUCAACAAAACUAGAUAUUGUAUAUCAUUUUAUACCAACUGAUUGCUUUGAACUAGUCAUUGUAUAUCCUUAGCUUCAUGUUUUAGGAAUCUAGACAUGGACUAAUAACAUGUCUUGGAGGUCAUCCGCUUAAUAUAUAAGUAUACAAAACGUGUUCUGUGUUAGGAUUUACACACAUCUAACACGUUGUUUUUAAUUAAGAUAUAGGAUAUAAUUUAACUUAUAUAAAUUAUCAUAUGUUUGAGGAAGAUAAAGGCUGUAACGUUUUCCGUACCAUCUUUUAUAUCACAUGGUUUAAUAAAAUUCUGUCGAAUUUUUUUUUCGUAUUUUGUUUCAAUCGCUAUUUCAAUCUUGUAUUAUUAUCAAAAGCAACGCCCAUAAUCCAAUGCAAUGUUCACAAAUAUUUAAAUAUGAAUAACAAUUUUGAUACCCUGCUUAUAAGUUUAUGUAUGCUGGUUUUGAUGAUUAAAUCUCCUACCACUGUCAUUCUUAUCAUUUAAAUGACUUACUUGAUAUUGAAAAUUUUGCCAUGUUCACAUUUUCAUCAUGCAUUAUUCUACGAGGCCAUACUACUAGUCGUGUCGGUCAAUGCGCCAGGUCCGGGUUUUCGUACACGAACCCUGAACUGUUUCGAGACAAAGGAGGCUAUUCUUUAUAAAGCAAAAUAACUCGAAAUGUCAAGACAAAGACAAUGUCAUCAUGUAACAAUCACGCCAAGUGUAAAGAAUGUGUGGAAACGACAGCUGUUUUUAAACUGGAAUGUAGCCGUAUAUAGCCGAAACAUUUGUAUGAUUACGGCCUAUGACAUUGUGAUAGAAAACUAACAUUUGCUAAACGGCUGACGUUCAUGCGUUCGUCAUCCUUGACCCUAGGAAGAACUUGUCUUUCUUGGAAACAGACAUUGUGAUAUAGAUCCGACUUCAAUUGUAUAUGUGUAAGUCGACAAUUUAUCAUCGAAAAUCGUAUUUUUAAUUGAUGUUAUUUUGCACGUGAUUUGAUCUUUUGAAAUUUGUAAAUUUAUCAAUUAUUUUGAUGAAAUUUGAAGCUGAAUUACUACAGCUUGUAUGUGUUUUACGGUGAUCAUUGAGUGCUUUCAAAAUAAAAACCUUAUACGAUAUUUAAGACAACGACCCAUUUUUAAAUAUGUAUACAGAAUCUGGCAUCAAGCCUAAAUAAAAGACAUUUAUAUCAUA